AUGUCGUCAUAUUCAGGACUCCGUAAAAAGGCGGUCAAGAAGAUCCAAUUCACAGUGAUGGUGUGCGGUGCAUCGGGAACUGGCCGUACGAGUUUUAUCAACACACUAUGUGGCCAGAAUGUCAUUCCUUCGUCGGAUUUAGAGUAUGAUCCACGAAAUGCACAUCUCGAGAAAGGAAUCGAGGUCCGUCCUAUUGCCACAGAAAUAGAAGAUCCCGAUGGAACAAGAAUUGCACUUACUAUCAUUGACACCCCCGGGUUUGGUGAUAAUAUCGAUAAUUCAGAAUGCUUUGACAAGAUUGUGGGAUAUCUUGAGUUCCAGUAUGACGAAGUAUUAGCAGAAGAAUCAAGAAUCCGCCGGAAUCCGAGGUUUAAAGAUAAUCGGGUUCAUGUGUGUUUAUAUUUCAUAGAGUCUACAGGCCAUGGAUUGCGUGAGCUGGAUGUUGAAAUGAUGAAGAAACUGUCACACCGGGUCAAUGUUAUUCCUGUGAUUGGCCGAGCAGAUUCCCUGACUCCGUUGGAAAAGACUACCAGUAAGCGCAUGAUUAUGGAGGAUCUAAAACAGCAUAAUAUUCCUAUCUUCAAUUUCCCCUAUGACCCUGAAGAAGAUGAUCCAGAGACAAUCCAGGAUAACUCGGAGCUGCGGGAAAUGUUACCAUUUGCAGUUGUGUCAGGAAAUGAGAUUAUCCAGACUGCUACCAGUGGCAGACGCAUCUACGGCCGAGUGUACCCCUGGGGAUAUGUGGAUGUUGAAGAUCCCAGCCACUCCGAUUUCAUUUCUCUACGGUCGGCUUUAUUCGGAUCUCAUCUCAUGGAUCUCAAAGAUCUUACCCACGAUUACUUAUAUGAGAACUAUCGUACCGAGAAGCUAUCUGGCACUUCUGCUGAGAAUGUGCGAGCGUCUCGUCUGCUGAAUGCUGAGGAUCUUGCCAAUCAAUCAUACCUACUAAAGGGAGAGCAAUUGGCGCGAGAAGAAGAGAAGCUUCGUGAAAUCGAACUACGAGUACAAAGAGAAAUCAACGAGAAACGUCUUGAACUGACGGCACGAGAAAAUGAACUGAGAGCCAUUGAAGCGAGAUUAUCUCGCGAGCGAUCGGUAUCCUCGAGCGUGCCUGACCAGAAGUCGAUUUCUACGAGCAAUCCCGGCACCCCAAUAGCAGAUAACACUGGUUCCGACGAAACCGGCUCGGACAGCCUGAUGCAAUCGCCCAGCCAGGAGAACAUCACCCGAGUCACGUCCAAUACUACAUCCAACACCGCCCACAGCACCAACGCUGCCUCCAGCCAUCAUCUCCCUGACACCCAAAGCCCUGCCAGCUUUGUCAGCAGCAACGCCGAGGCCUUUUCCAGCCCUGUCGCUGUCAAACAGGAAAUAUAA